AUGAACGCUAUACAGCAAUUUUGUGAAGAAAAUAACAUCUUACAGGAUUUUCAACAUGGCUUCCGGAGAGGACGUUCCUGCCUCUCAAAUCUGCUAGCUUGUCUGGAAAUCUGGACCAGUGCUCUAGAAGAGGGUUUUGAGGUCGAUGUCGUGUACAUCGAUUUCCGCAAAGCUUUUGACACUGUCCCACACCAACGUAUUCUUCACAAAUUGAUCAACAUCGGCAUCCGGGGAGAUCUUCUGAACUGGAUUAGGGCGUUUCUGGUUGGUCGGAAACAACGUGUCUGUAUCGGGGAUGAUAUGUCAGAAUGGGUGAACGUGACCAGUGGUGUGCCGCAAGGCUCAGUUCUGGGACCAUUGCUCUUCAUCCUUUACGUUAAUGACAGCCUUCAGGAACUCGACUGCGGCAAAAUAAUGUUUGCAGACGACGUUAAGCUCUGGCAAAUCAUUAAGGGUCCGAAUGAUCAAAAGAUCCCUUCAAGAUAA